AUGAAAAUCGAACUUUUCAAGGAAACAUCUUCAAGGAAUUUAUCGGUUCCAACAAAAGAUGAGCACAGUGAUUCGGAGAUUUCAAGAAGUUCUUCGCCUUCUCAGCCAAAUCGGAAUCUUGAAAUUGACAAGACGAAGAUUUUCAUAAAAAAUCUUCCCUCACAAGCCACAAAUCAGAAUGUGAUCAAAUGGAUCUUCAAAGACAAUCCGAAUUUGGUAUUGGGAAGUUUAUCUCUGAAAUUGGAUCCUUUUGGAAUGCAGACUUGUAUCGCAAAGUUCCGGAAUGAAAAAGAAGUGGACAAGGUU